AUGAAACGUCAGCUAGAACAACCAGAUUCAUUUUCAGUGUCAUCUAUGAACAGUACGAAGCGAUUGAAACUUGUAAAUAUGUAUAACAUCAAAACCGCGAUACAAUUUGUAUCAUUCGACAAGCUUCUGACAAUAGGUUUUGAACCUGGACGGUUCAUAUGGGAUAACAGCCAUAUAGAAGACUGGCACUCAAGAGCUUACACUGAUUACAUUCGCACCGACUUUCUUGGACUUGAAUAUCUUAAGAAUCAUGUUGUGUUGAAUAUAAGUCAAAACAAAUCCUACUUUGAUGCUCCUUACCUGCGUGGCACAGCUGAU